CUGUAAUCCUUACCAUAUGAUAUUAUCUAUGAGUCUAUAAAUUAUAUUUUGUAUUUACUUUCAUUUUUUUAUCAUCUAAUUUCUACUCAAUACUCAUUAAUAAACCAACUGCUAUUUGUCAGUACGCCAAGAAUAAUUAAGUGUAAUAUUGACGUGGUCACGUUUAAUUUUCGAUAGAUAACAGCUUAAUUUAAGUCUAACAUUCAUAUUGUAUAUUGCCUAUCGGCUAUCACUAAUAUUUUUUAGUGUACUCUCAUGAUUAAGUAAUAAUAAUUAAAAUAAUUGUCACAAUACUACAAUAGAUAACUAGAUAUAACUUAUUAGUUAUUACCUACGCGUUUUAAUUGAUUUAAAAUUUCGAAUUAAUACAAUAUUAUGGCUUUUACUCCGGGAUCUGCCGUUUCUCCGUCUGCCGAUAUUGAAUUAUCUUUGGCAUGCAGGGGGCUAUCUGGUACAGAUGUUAUGUCAAAAUCCGACCCAAUGUGUGUAACAUAUGUACAACCAUUUGGCCAAAAUAAAUGGGUAGAGUUUCACCGAACUGAAACUGUUAAAAACAAUCAGGAUCCAAAUUUUGUUUCCAAAGUAUUGAUAAGCUACAGAUUUGAAGAAAAACAGCCUAUGUUGUUUGAAGUGUAUGAUACUGAUUCAAAAGAUAAAGAUUUAUCAGCACAUGAUUUUCUUGGAACUAUUACAAUUCCUUUAGGACAACUUGUUGCUAACAAACGUAACAAGUUACAACUAACAGAUCGUAAUGGGAAAUUAAAAAGUAGCUAUUUAGUUAUAACAGCAGAAGAAUUGGGAAUGGAUAGAGAUGAAGUAAUAUUAGAAAUGAGUGGGUUCAAAUUGGACAAAAAAGAUUUUUUUGGUAAAUCUGAUCCAUUUUUAGAAAUUUAUAAACUUACAGACACUGGCAAUUACACAUUAGUUUAUAAAACUGAUGUUAUUAAGGAUACAUUAACUCCUCGUUGGAAGAAGUUUACUAUUCCUGUCCGGACAUUUUGUAAUGGGGAUUAUGAACGUGAUUUAAAAAUUAUUUGUUUUGAUUGGAAUUCAAGUGGUGAUCAUAGUCUUAUUGGUGAAUUUCAUACCACUCUAAAAGGUCUCUCAAAUCCUAAUGCUACUUUUAAAUGCAUUAAUGGGAAGAAAAAAGUAGAAAAAAAAAAAGAUUACAAAGAUUCUGGAGAAAUACGUGUGGAAUACAUAAAAAUACAAUCAACUUAUACAUUCUUAGAUUAUGUCCAAGGAGGAACAGAGAUAUUUUGUACAGUAGCUGUUGAUUUUACUGCCUCGAAUGGUAAUCCAUCAAAACCAUCAUCUUUGCAUUUCAUAAAUAAUGCAAGUAUGAAUAGUUAUGAACAAGCUAUGUGGAGUGUUGUAUCUAUAAUUGAAGACUAUGAUUCUGAUAAACAAUUCCCUGUGUUGGGGUUUGGAGCUAAAAUUCCACCUAAUGGACAAGUGUCACAUGAAUUUUUUGUUAAUAUGAAUCCUCAAAAUCCCCAUUGUUUUGGAGUAAGAGGUGUGUUAGAUGCAUAUCGUCAUUGUAUUAAUCAAGUUCAGUUAUAUGGACCUACAAAUUUUGCGCCAGUAAUCAAUCAUGUAGCUAAAAUAGCUCAAAAUAACAGAGAUGGAAGUGGUUAUUUUAUUUUACUUAUACUGACUGACGGAGUUAUUACUGACAUGCCAGAUACCAUUCAGGCUAUUAUUACAGCAUCUUCAUUACCAGUUUCUAUAAUUAUUGUGGGUAUUGGUAAUGCAGAAUUUGAUGCAAUGGAAGAAUUGGACGCUGAUAAAGGAGGCUUAAAAAUUAAUGGGGUGAAAGCAGCAAGGGACAUUGUACAGUUUGUUGCGUUCAAUAGUUAUCAUAAUCUUGACCCUAGUGUUGCUAAUUUACAUUUAGCAAAAGAUGUAUUGGCCGAAGUACCUAAACAAUUUAUGGACUAUAUGAAGAUUAAUGGCAUUGUGCCUAAAAGGAGAGCAUCUCAAACCACAACACCAGAGAUUGAGGAUUUAAAAAUUCAAUGAACUAAUUAAUUGUAAACAGCUUUAAAUCAAAUUUUCUUUUUUCUAAAUCUAUUGGUGCUAUGUAUUUUAUUUCUGUUACAAUGUGUACUAUAAUUACGCAAUACUAUUUAUUUCAUUUAAUUAAAGUACCUAUAUGGACCUUUCA